AUGACGUCGACCGGUGAUGGAAAGGGUCCUCUUAGAAUUGUAAUUACAGGUGCAGCUGGACAAAUAGCAUAUUCACUUUUAUAUCAGAUAUGUAGUGGAGAUGUAUUUGGACAAGAGCAGGACUUAAUUGUGAAUUUAUUGGACAUAACUCCCAUGCUAGGCGUUCUUCAAGGUGUUGUAAUGGAAAUUGAAGAUUGCUCAUUGCCGCUUGUUAAAGGUGUUUUUCCAACGGAUAGUGUAGAGGUGGCAUUCAAAGAUAUUGAUGUGGCUUUAUUUGUUGGUGCUAUGCCACGUAAAGAAGGAAUGGAACGAAAAGAUUUACUUAGUGCUAAUGUUAAAAUAUUUAAACCACAAGGGCAAGCUUUAGAAAAGUUUGCAAAAAAAACGUGCAAGAUACUUGUCGUUGGCAAUCCAGCUAAUACAAAUUGUUUUAUACUAGCUCAAAAUGCGCCAUCAAUUCCACGUGAAAAUUUUACAUGUUUAACACGAUUAGAUCAUAAUCGCGCCAUUGGUCAAAUAGCAUCUAGAUUGAAAAUAUCUCCAAAAUCAGUUAAAAAUGUCAUUAUUUGGGGGAAUCAUUCUUCCACACAAUUUCCUGAUGCACGUUCUGCAACUGUCAAUGUUAAUGGAAAAGAAACACCAGCUUAUGAUGCCCUUAAAGAUGAUAAUUGGUUGAAAAACGAUUUUGUUUCGAUUGUUCAAAAACGUGGUGCUGCUGUUAUAGCCGCUCGAAAACUCUCUUCGGCAAUGUCAGCUGCUAAAGCUAUUUGUGAUCAUAUGCGUGACUGGUGGUUUGGAACAAAAGAUCAUGAAUUUACCUCAAUGGGUUUGAUUAGCGAUGGUUCUUACGGUAUUGAAAAAGGCCUUGUUUACAGUUAUCCUGUUCAAAUUAAAGAUGGUAAAAUUUCGAUUGUACAAGAUUUAAAAAUUGAUGAUUGGUCACGUGAUUUGAUGGAUAAAACACAAAAAGAAUUAAUUGAAGAAAAAAAUGAUGCAUUAAAAGCCACAAGUACCGAAUGA